GCUCGUUCUUAUUGGCCUUUCCGGCGGAAGCUCCUCCCCCUGAGGGCAUACACUGUUUUGUAACUUUUCAGGUAACGUGAUGUAACCGUGUGAGAUCCUGGAAGGAGCCCUCUGCUGGACCAACCGGGACACGAGACCCCACAGCCCAUCUGAACCUUCUCCUUUCUGCUCAGCAGCCACCAUGCCGCAACGGUCUAUCCACUGGUUCAGGAAGGGGUUGCGACUUCAUGACAACCCUGCCCUGUUGGCCGCCAUGAAAGGCUGUGAGGAGCUGCACCCCAUCUUUAUUCUGGAUCCCUGGUUCCCUAAGAAUAUGAAAGUCAGCGGCAACCGCUGGAGAUUCCUCAUCGAGGCUCUGAGGGAUCUGGACGAAAACCUGAAGAAGAUAAACUCCAGGUUGUUUGUGGUCAGAGGGAAACCAGCUGAAGUCUUCCCUCAGCUUUUCAAGAAGUGGAAGGUGACGCGUCUGACAUUUGAAGUGGACACAGAGCCGUACUCCAGGCAGCGGGAUGCCGAGGUGGAGAAGAUGGCCUCCGAACACAAUGUCCAGGUCAUCCAGAAGGUGUCAAACACCCUGUAUGAUGUAGACAGAGUGAUCGCUGAAAACAACGGCAAGCCUCCUCUAACCUAUGUCCGCCUGCAAACAGUCCUGGCCUCCAUAGGUCCCCCAAAGCGCCCUUGUCCAGCACCAACUAAAGAAGACAUGAAAGAUUGCUGCACUCCCUGGAAGCCUUCAUAUGAGGAGAUAUAUGGGGUUCCCAUAUUAGAAGAGCUAGGACAAGACCCCAGCAAGCUGGGACCUCACCUGUACCCCGGGGGAGAGAGCGAGGCCCUACGACGACUGGACCUGAACAUGAAGAGGACGGUGAGGAAAUGCAUGACAAUUGUCUGCAUCCAGAUGCAGGCCUGGGUGUGUAACUUCAAGAAACCAGAAACUGAACCCAACUCUCUUACUCCCAGUACGACGGUGCUGAGCCCCUACAUGAAAUUUGGUUGCCUAUCCACACGGAUCUUUUACUGGAGACUGACCGAGAUCUACCAGGGGAAAAAGCACUCUUCACCUCCAGUGUCGCUCCAUGGGCAGCUCCUAUGGCGUGAGUUCUUCUACACGGCGGGAGCAGGGAUUCCCAAUUUCAACAAGAUGGAAGGAAACACUGUGUGCGUUCAGGUGGAUUGGGAUGAGAACAAGGAAUAUCUCAAGGCAUGGAGUGAAGCCAGGACUGGUUACCCCUUCAUUGAUGCCAUCAUGACUCAACUGAGAACAGAAGGCUGGAUCCACCAUCUUGCUCGACACGCAGUCGCCUGUUUCUUGACUCGUGGAGAUCUGUGGAUAUCAUGGGAGGAAGGUCAGCAGGUGUUUGAGGAGCUGCUGCUCGAUGCUGACUGGUCGCUGAAUGCUGGGAACUGGCAGUGGCUCUCGGCCAGUGCUUUCUUCCACCAGUUCUUUCGAGUUUACUCCCCAGUGGCCUUUGGGAAGAAGACAGACAAAAAUGGGGAUUAUAUAAAGAAAUAUUUACCGAUAUUAAAGAAGUUCCCACCUGAGUACGUAUACGAGCCAUGGAAAUGCCCUCGCAGAGUACAGGAGCGGGCCGGCUGUAUCAUUGGGAAGGACUACCCUAAACCAAUAGUAGAGCAUGAGAUUGUCAGCAAACGCAACAUCCAGCGUAUGAAGGCCGCAUACGCCCGGAGGUCUGGGACUGGUGGGGAGAAGGAUCCUAAAAGUCAGGGGGCGAAAAGGAAAGUACCGUCUGUAUCUCAGUUCUUUAAAAAGAAGUAAACCAGUCUGGAGCAGAAAGAGGAUGUGACCACAGCAUGAAGCGCGACGGACCUCGCACCACCGGGAACUGAAAGCCAGUGCAGAAUAGUAGGCACGGGUGCUCUGGGCCCUUUUUUAACCCUCAUGUGGCGCGGUCGUGGAGCUCAGACAGCUGUGGUUACAUUUGGAAAUUGCUUUUGCAGCGAGAGGCUUCUUCUCUUCCGUGCAAUAGAAACUUUCUUUUGGUGUUCGGAACCCCCUAUAUUCUGCUGUUACUCCAGGGGGACGCUGGUGGCCGGUCCUGCAGGGACGUUCAUGCUGUCAAUCGAUACAAUUUCUCUUGACCAGAAUAAUCCUUUGCUGUGGACUUGGACUAGAUGGUGGCAUCUGCUGGAAGCGACGCCCUUGUAAGGGUACUUUCACACUUGCGUUUUUCUUUUCCGGCAUAGAGUUCCGUCACAGGGGCUCUAUACCGGAAAAGAACUGAUCAGUUUUAUCCCCAUGCAUUCUGAAUGGAGAGUAA